CAUGGCUAGCGUGGAAAGGGCUUUGGGUUCUAGAUAAAGCAGUAGCAUACCAGACGUGAAUGCGUCACCUCCCUCAUGGCCUUUAUCUUCAUUUCUCUUUGAAAGAUAGUUGCUUUAAGUGUUAUAAUCAUAAUCUUCAAGCUUUUCUUUUCUUUUCCUUUUUUUUUUCUCUCAUUUCACUUUUGUUUUUAGUUUUGACGUUGGCAAACCCAGACCCAAAAAGAUCAGUGUUUCAGUAGUACUAAUAUAUUGGUUCCUUUUGCUCUCUUUUUUUUUUUAGUUUUCCAACACAAAAGAUAAUAAAAAAAAUACUUUGUUUUUUUGUCCUAUUUUUGCUUCCUUUUAAAUAUUAUUCCACCCCCUUUUUCUUUGGUCGUAAAUUAUUUUUCCUUAUUGUUUUAUUGCAGCUUUAGUUUGAGCUAUUAUGCCUGUUGAAGCUGGCUACCUUCUGGUAUGGUGUUAUUUUUUUCGAAGUUUUGAUCUCUGGUCAUAAAGAUAAGCAUUUUGGUUGAGAAUGGUAGAUGGAUGAUAUGAUGGCAGCAUUUAUGGUAGAGUGAGUUUUGGGUUUGUUGUGGUGUAUUCGAAGUUUAGGUUAAAUUAGAGAAAGGGCAAAUAGAUUGUGAUUCUUGAUUGAAAAAUGGGCUGUGUUGCUUCAAGGAUUGAUAAGGAAGGAAGGGUACAGGCUUGUAAGGAUAGAAAGAAGCUUAUGAAGCAAUUGGUGGGAUAUAGAGGAGAAUUUGCUGAUGCACAGUUGGCUUAUUUGAGGGCAUUGAAGAACACUGGUGUAACUCUUAAGCAGUUUACUGAGUCAGACACAUUGGAACUUGAAAAUACCUCAUAUGCUCUUAGGUUGCCUCCAUCUCCUCCUUCCCCCUUGCCUCCUUCUCCUCCACCGCCACCUUCUUUUAGCCCUGAGUCAAGGAAAGCCGGUGGUGACAAUGGUAAAGGAGAAGUUGGCCAAGAAGAUAGCAUGGAGAUUAACCAGGAUGAUUGUUCUACCCUGCCGGUUCGUAGUACAAGCUCGUCAUGGAACUAUUGGGGUCUUUUUGAGUCUACUUCACCUCCCCAUCAUCCAAAACAGUCUGAAAUCGUAGAAUCAGUUGAGGAUGAAGGUCAGGGAGAGGAGAUUGGUGAAAAUACUAAAAUAAGUACUCUCCCUGAGAAGUCUCAGCCUGGGGAAAUUAUUGAUGAUAACUCAUCAUCGACGAGCUUGAAUGAUAAAGAUUCUAGCGAUGUGACCAUGGUGGUAUGGAAGAAAAAUAAGAGCUUGGAGGAAAUCGUAAAGGAGUUAGAUGAUUACUUUUUGGAAGCAUCAGCUGGUGGGAAAGCAAUAGCUGUUUUUACAGACAAAAAUAUAGGGGACAAUUCUCAUCCAUCGAAACUCAAAGAAAACAAAAGGAAGAGUAGCAAUUCUGCAAAGGUUUUUAGUGCAUUGUCGUGGAGUUGGUCUUCUAAGUCUCUCCAGUUUGCAAGAGAUGCUGUUCAAUGUGGAUCUAACGAACCGUGCAAGCCUGGAGCUCAUUGCAGUACUCUUGAUAAGCUAUAUGCUGCAGAGCAAAAGCUUUAUAAGGAAGUGAAGGAGGAAGAAACCACCAAAUUGGAGCGUGAAAGGAAAUUGAUGUUGCUUCAAAAGCAAGACGAAAACCAUGACUGGAGCAAGACAGAGAAGAUCCAAUCAAGCGUUGAGAAUCUGGAUAAUGUCCUAAGACACCUGCAAAAUUCAAUAAGCACGUCCUGUUCGUCUAUAUUGGAGAUCAUCGAUGAGGAACUUUACCCCCAGCUGGAGACAUUAAUAUCCGGGCUGAUGGAGAUGUGGAAAAUGAUGUACAAAUGUCAUCGAGUUCAGAACCUUAUUUCACAGCAGUUGAAUCAUGUGACUGAUAUAAGCAUUGACCUGACCACCGACUCUCAUCGUCAAGCUACAGAUCAGCUUGAAACUGAGGUUUCUUUCUGGUAUUACAGCUUCUGUAAGCUCAUGAAAUCUCAGCAAGAGUAUGUCAGAACACUCUGCAAAUGGAUCCAACUUACUGAUUGCCUUGUGGAUGACAACCACCAGAGUCGUCAUGCAUCUGCAGUUCGUAAGCUCUGCGGAGAAUGGCAGUGCGGUUUUGAAAAAUUACCUGAUAAAGCAGCUUCAGAGGCAAUUCAGAGUUUUUUGUUAGCCAUCCGAGCGAUAAUCCAACAUCAGGCAGCAGAACACAGCCAGCAAAGGAAAUCUGAUAAGCUUCAGGAAAGGUUGCAGAAGGAGUUGACGUCACUGAGUGAGUUAAAGAAAAAGGUUGAGGGAAGUGUAGCGGCCGAUCUGAGCCCCAAGCAUCCUUUAUCGUUGAAGUGCGCCAAAAUCGAAGCCUUGGAGAAGCGAGUUGAUAUGGAGAUGGGCAAACAUCUCAACUUAGUCCAAGUAAACAAGACCAUGACUUUAAACAAUCUAAAAACUAGCCUGCCUUGUGCAUUUCAGGCUUUAAUGAAGUUCUCGAAAGCUUCUGUUCAGGUCUUUGAGGCCAUCCAUGGCCAUGCUCAGCCAGAAAUCCCUUGUAAUGAAGCAUCGGAGACCUCAGCAAACUAAAUUUGACUGAACUGUGAAAUUUGUAUGAAAUGGCUCUUUAUUUUGCCGGAAACCGUCAAAUACUUGAUAUCUAAGCUGUAAAGGACACAAAGAUUACAAGGUUUUUCUUUGCAUAUAUAUAGAUGCACAUUUAAUUGGCACAUUUAA